UCUUCAUGCAAAAACCCAUCUCACUCUCUCCCACCAUCUCUCUCUCUCUGGUCAUCAGAGUCUCGGAAGAGAGUGAAGGCGACAGCGGAAGAGGAAAUCGGCGCCGUUUGCGAGGGGCUUAAACUAGGAUUUUGGAGACGAACCCCCAGGUUCAGAGUACGGAGGAAUCGAAAAUUGUGGUUCCAGUUAGGGUUUUUUUUUUUCCGGCCUGCAACGUAGCUCCAAUUUCUUAAGGUUUCUUAAAGGAAAUGGAGGAGGUCUCGACCUCAAAUAUUUUGGAUGGGGAGAUCGUUGGAAUCAAAUUUGGUUUAGCAACUCACCAAGAAAUUUGUACAGCAUCUAUUAGCGAUUGCUCUAUCAGCCAUGCAAGUCAGCUUUCCAACCCAUUCCUUGGCCUGCCCCUUGAGUUUGGAAAGUGUGAAUCUUGUGGCACUUCUGAACCUGGGAAAUGUGAAGGUCAUUUUGGGUAUAUUGAGUUACCAGUACCAAUAUUUCAUCCCAAUCAUGUUAGUGAAUUGAAGCGGAUGCUGAGCUUAUUGUGCUUGAAAUGCUUGAAAAUGAAAAAGAACAAGUUUCCAACCAAGAAUGCUGGCUUAGCAGAAAGAAUGUUAGCUUCAUGUUGUGAGGAUGCUGCACAAGUGUGUAUUGGAGAGACUAAACCGACAGAUAGCUCUUGUUCCUUGCAAUUGAAGCGACCUUCUAAAUCAAGAACACCACCUGGUUUUUGGAAUUUCCUCGAACGAUAUGGUUUUCGUUAUGGCGAUGAUCAUAUACGUACUUUGCUUCCUUGUGAGGUGAUGGAGAUGCUAAAGCGUAUCCCUCAAGACGCCAGGAAGAAACUUAAUGCAAGAGGGUAUUUUCCUCAAGAUGGAUACAUCUUGCGUCAUAUACCUGUCCCUCCAAACUGUUUAUCUGUGCCUGAAAUUUCGGAUGGUGUUAGUGUUAUGUCUGCGGAUCCUUCAAUUUCAAUGCUCAGAAAAGUUCUAAAGCAAAUUGAAGUCAUAAGAAGUUCAAGGUCAGGCAUCCCAAACUUUGAAUCACAAAUUGUUGAAGCUAAUGAACUUCAAGCCAUAGUGGAUCAGUAUCUUCAAGUUAGGGGUACUGGGAAGGCAUCACGGGAUAUAGAUGCAAGAUUUGGGGUAAACAAGGAGCUGAAUGCCUCUUCCACUAAAGCAUGGCUUGAAAAAAUGAGAACACUGUUCAUUAGAAAGGGUUCAGGAUUCUCUUCUCGCUCAGUAAUCACUGGGGAUGCCUUUAGAAGGGUAAAUGAAGUUGGCAUCCCCUAUGAAAUUGCUCAAAGAAUCACCUUCGAGGAGAGAGUUAAUGAUCAUAACAUUAGGUACUUACAACAGCUGGUAGAUAGCAAGUUGUGCCUAACCUAUAGGGAUGGAUCAUCAACUUACUCACUUAGGGAAGGUUCAAAGGGGCACACUUUUUUGAGGCCUGGUCAAGUGGUGCAUCGGAGGAUUAUGGAUGGGGACCUUGUAUUUGUAAACAGGCCCCCAACUACCCAUAAACAUUCCCUACAGGCACUACAAGUGUAUGUGCAUGAUGACCAUGUGGUGAAAAUAAAUCCUUUGAUAUGUGGGCCACUAAGUGCUGACUUUGAUGGUGAUUGCAUCCAUUUGUUCUAUCCGCAAUCGCUUGCUGCAAAAGCAGAAGUUUUGGAGCUUUUUUCAGUGGAGAAGCAGCUGCUUAGCUCUCAUAGUGGAAAACCAAAUCUGCAAAUGGCCACUGAUUCACUAUUGUCAUUGAGGAUGAUGUUUAAGAACUAUUUUUUGGAUAAAUCAGCAGCUCAGCAACUGGCCAUGUUUGCUUCAUCUUUGUUGCCACGACCUGCAUUAUUGAAAGCAAACUCUGCUUGCUCAUAUUGGACUGCUUUGCAGAUAUUACAGACCGCAUUGCCUCCUGACUUUGACUACUGUGGGGAAAAGUACUUGGUCAAUAAAAGUGAGAUACUGAAAAUUGAGUUCAGUACAAGUGCAGUUUCAGCGGUGAUGAAUGACAUUGCUACUUCAGUUUUCUUUGAGAAAGGGGGCGAAGAUGUCCUUAAAUUCUUUGAUUCACUACAGCCCUUGCUGAUGGAGAAUAUAUUUUCAGAAGGGUUCAGUGUUGGCUUGGAGGAUUUUUACAUGUCAAAGACAUCCAUACAAGAUAUUAAGGAGAAUAUUCAGGGUACUUCAGAUUUGUUGUAUCAUCUGAGGUCAACAUACAAUGAAUUUGUAGAGUUUCAGCUGGAGAGUCGAAUCAAAAGCUUGAAAGUACCAGUUUCAAAUUUUAUCUUGGAGUCAUCUGCAUUCGGUGAUUUAAUCGACACCAAGAGUGAUUCGGCAAUCAACAAAGUUGUACAACAAAUUGGGUUCCUAGGCCUACAACUCUCUGAUAAGGGAAGAUUCUACUCAAAGACAUUGGUUGAGGAUGUGGCCUCUCUCUGUCACAACAAAUAUUCUUUUAACACGGAGUAUCCCUCUGCAGAAUAUGGCCUAGUUCAAAGUUGUUUCUUCCAUGGGUUAGAUCCAUACGAGGAAAUAGUUCACUCCAUUGCUACACGAGAGGUGAUUGUUCGGUCCUCAAGAGGAUUGACUGAACCUGGGACCUUAUUUAAAAAUUUAAUGGCCAUUCUUCGUGAUGUGGUUAUUUGCUAUGAUGGCACGGUCAGAAAUGUUUGUAGCAAUUCAGUUAUCCAAUUUGAGUAUGGAGUCAAUGCUGGAUCUAGGCCCCCGAAUCUUUUCCCUGCUGGUGAACCUGUUGGCGUGUUAGCUGCCACUGCAAUGUCAAAUCCUGCGUACAAGGCAGUUCUUGAUUCUACCCCAAGCAGCAACUCUUCAUGGGAGCUGAUGAAGGAAAUUCUACUAUGCAAAGUAAAUUUUAAGAAUGAGCUCAUUGAUCGCCGUGUAAUUUUGUACUUGAAUAACUGUGGUUGUGGAAGAAAGUACUGCCGAGAACGUGCAGCAUGUUUGGUUAAGAAUCAGUUGAAGAAAGUCAGUCUUAAAGAUACUGCAGUCGAAUUCAUGAUCGAAUAUAGCAAUCAGCUUUCUAGUUUGGGAAGUAUGGUAAAUGAUGCAGGCCUAGUUGGCCAUAUUCAUCUCAACGAGGAGCUGUUACGGGAGUUAAAUGUUGGUGUAGAUGAGAUUCGACAAAAAUGCCAAGAAACUGUUAAUUCAUUUCGGAGGAAGAGAGUUGGGAAGAAGAAGUUCAACAUUGGCUAUCUUUUCAAAAAUACAGUUUUGUUUGCCAGUGAGCAUUGCUCUUUUCAUCAUUCCUGUGCAGACAAAGGAUCUGACUCCCCGUGCUUGAUGUUCUUCCUUCAAGCUACUGAAGAGUUGGAGACCACUUCUCAAUACUAUGCUGACUUGAUUUGCCCUGUGCUUUUAGAAACAAUAAUAAAAGGUGACCCACGGAUUACCUCAGCAAAUAUAAUUUGGAUUGAUCCCGAUACAACAACUUGGAUUAGAAGUCCAAAUAAUUCUCAAAAGGGUGAAUGGGCCUUGGAUGUUGUUCUGGAGAAAUCUGUUGUCAAGCAAAGCGGUGAUGCAUGGAGAAUCGUUCUCGAUUCUUGCCUCCCUGUGCUUCACCUAAUUGACACCAGGCGUUCCAUCCCGUAUGCUAUCAAACAGAUUCAAGAACUAUUGGGAGUGUCUUGUGCUUUUGAUCAAGCAGUUCAGCGCCUCUCGACAGCUGUUACAAUGGUGGCAAAAGGUGUCCUGAAAGAGCAUCUUAUCCUCCUGGCAAAUAGCAUGACAUGUGCUGGAAAUUUUGUUGGCUUCAAUUCUAGUGGAUAUAAAGCACUAUCUCGAGCAUUGAAUAUUCAAGUACCAUUUACAGAAGCAACACUUUUUACACCAAGAAGGUGCUUUGAGAGAGCAGCUGAAAAGUGCCACAUGGAUUCUUUGUCAAGCAUAGUUGCAUCAUGUUCAUGGGGUAAACAUGUUGCUGUUGGUACUGGCUCCAGGUUUGAUAUCCUCUGGGACACAAGAGAGGGAGGAUUGAAUCAAGAGGGUGGACUAGAUGUUUUCAACUUUCUGCAUAUGGUGAGCACAGCGAAUGGAGAAGAAGCAACUACGGGAGCACUGGGGGCAGAAGUUGAUGAUCUUAUGGUGGUAGAUGAAUUAGCAGAUUCCUGCUUGUCGCCAGAACUUGACUCUGGUUUAGAUAAGCCCGUCUUUGAAGAUAUUAUAGAAUUUGAGGACAAAUCAGAAGCUCUUCCUGGAAAGUCAAGUUGGGAAAAGGAUUCCUCUGUAUGGGGGACAAAUACUGCACGAGAAGAUGCCACAUCAUCGUGGGAGAAGACUAUCGUGGGAUAAAAUACAUCAUCGUGGGAUAAAACUCCAGCCAAAGAACCUGCCACAUCUACAUGGGGGAUAGGCAAGGCAGCAGAAGUUACUACUCCUGCAUGGAGGGCAAAUACCGCAAUAGAAGCUGCCACAUCUGCCUGGGGGGCAACUAAGGCAAGUGAAAAUGAUUGGAGUGGUAGAGUGGCAGAGAAAGUGGCACCAAUGGACCUCCAGCCGACAAUAAAAGCCGUAGAUGAAAGGGACAAUGGAUGGGGUGCCGUUUCUCCUAGGGAAACAGUAACAGGGAAUGACAAUGCUUGGUCUAGUGGGCAACAGAAAAAGUCUUCUGAAAUUUCGACCAGUUCUUGGGGGCAGAAAAAUCCUCCUGAGACAGAAACUCAACCUUGGGGUGCUGUUUCUUCUGGGGAAACAGAAACAGGGAAUGACAAUGCUUGGUCUAGUGGGCAACAGAAAAAAUCGGGGCCGAACAAUUCUUGGUCUAGUGGGCAACAGAAAAAGUCUUCUGAAAUUUCGACCAGUUCUUGGGGGCAGAAAAAUCCUCCUAAGACAGAAACUCAACCUUGGGGUGCUGUUUCUUCCGGGGAAACAGAAACAGGGAAUGACAAUGCUUGGUCUAGUGGGCAACAGAAAAAGUCUUCUGAAAUUUCGACCAGUUCUUGGGGGCAGAAAAAUCCUCCUAAGACAGACACUCAACCUUGGGGUGCUGUUUCUUCCGGGGAAACAGAAACAGGGAAUGACAAUGCUUGGUCUAGUGGGCAACAGAAAAAGUCUUCUGAAAUUUCGAUCAGUUCUUGGGGGCAGAAAAAUCCUCCUAAGACAGAAACUCAACCUUGGGGUGCUGUUUCUUCCGGGGAAACAGAAACAGGGAAUGACAAUGCUUGGUCUAGUGGGCAACAGAAAAAGUCUUCUGAAAUUUCGACCAGUUCUUGGGGGCAGAAAAAUCCUCUUGAGACAGAAACUCAACCUUGGGGUGCUGUUUCUUCUGGGGAAACAGAAACAGGGAAUGACAAUGCUUGGUCUAGUGGGCAACAGAAAAAAUCUUCUGAAAUUUCUACCGGUUCUUGGGGGCAGAAAAAUCCUCCUGAGACAGAAACUCAAUCUGCGAGCUUGUCUGGGUGGGAUUCACCUGGUGGAGAUGGUAAUACUGGUGAAAGACAUCACCAAUGGGGGCAGAACAAGAAAAGUCGUUUUGAAGGUUCAAAGAGUUGGGUUUCUAGUCCUGGGGAGUGGAAGAAUAAGAACCGUCCUGCCAAACCACCUGGUAUGGUGAAUGAUAACUCUAGUGUGGUUGGACUCUAUACUGCAACAAGACAAAGAUUGGAUAUGUUCCCUAGCGAGGAGCAAGAUGUUCUUUCUAAAAUUGAACCCGUUAUGCGCUCUAUCCGAAGAAUAAUGCAUCAAUCUGGGUACAAUGAUGGGGAUCCACUGUCAGCUGACGACCAGUCAUUUAUACUUGAUAAUGUUCUCAAUUACCACCCGGAUAAAGCUGUUAAAAUGGGUUCUGGAAUUGGUCAUCUCACAGUUGAUAGGCACGGCAGUUUCCAGGACAGCAGAUGCUUUUUUGUUGUGACGACAGAUGGUCACAAGGAAGAUUUUUCAUAUCGAAAAUGCCUGGAGAAUUACAUUAAGGAAAAGUAUGCUGAUGUUGCCGAAACAUUCAUAGGCAAGUAUUUUACUAGGAGAGGAGGGAAUCGGGAGCGAAACCCCACUCCAAGUCAAUAUCCCAUUCCAGAACAGACUCCAUGUCAAACUCCCAUUGCAGAGCAAACUAUAAGCCAAACUCUCAUUGCAGAGCAAACUAUAAGUCAAACCCCCGUUUCAGAGCAAACUGGGAACGAGGAGACACAAUAGGGCAUGGCUGUUUCCGGGGCAUCGGUCGUUUUGAGAUUCUGAUGUAAUUAGAUUUGAACAUUCUGCCCCUCUGCUUUUUGAUUUGUAUAUACUAGGCAGUCGUUAGCAGCGUUUCGUUCGUUGAUUUAUGUUUAAUCUGAGAGCAUUGAUUAGUUAACCAGUUGGUAGCUGCUGGAUGCAGUUAACGUGAACCCUGAAUUGGGAGAAAAGCAAGCUGCUUGCUUAUGUUGCAGUUGCAAAAAAAAUCAAGUUUAUAUAUGAAAUGCAUAAGUAUUGUCGAUGGCCUUCGAUGGCUUCUAUUGCUCAGCUUAUUAUA